UACAGUAAUUAUCAAUAUCAGAUUACCCAAGUAUAUAAAAAUCAUGGAUGACAAAGAAACAUGUAGAUCGUGGAACGAUAUUGAUUCCGGUGAGGAAAUCGUUAUUUCUGGUAUUGCUGGCAGAUUUCCUGAUUCAGAUAAUAUGAAAGAACUUAAAGAAAAUUUAUUCAAUAAAAUUGAUCUUAUAAGAGCAGAUCAUAGUCGAUGGGAAACAGUGUAUGAGGAAUUUUCGCGCCGUAUGGGAACUAUUAAUAAUAUAGACAAAUUUGAUUCGGAUUUUUUUGGAUUAUCCUUUGAGCAAGCACAUACACUCAUACCUGAAACGAGAAUGUUAUUGGAACAUUCUUAUGAAGCAAUUAUCGAUGCAGGGAUCAAUCCAAAGCAAUUGCAAGGAAAAAAUACUGCUGUAAUUAUAGGGUCAUCUUGUAUUGAAUCACAAGAAAGGUUAAUGUUUCAAGACAUUCAGUUAGAAAGUUUGAAUGUUGCUGGAUGCCAUAAAUCUGUAUUGGCAAAUAUGAUUUCACAUUACUUGGAUCUAAAAGGACCGUCUCAUGUCAUCGAUACAGCGUGCAGUUCUAGUUUGUAUGCUAUAGCCACUGGCUAUAGUUAUAUCAUGUCAGGAAAAUGCGAAGACGCAAUAAUUGGAACAACACAAUUAUGUCUUUAUUCCCAGUUAAAUCUGCAAUUUGCUCGACUUGGUGUUUUGUCACCCAACGGUUAUUGCAGACCAUUUGAUAGCGCUGCUAACGGUUAUGCGCGUAGUGAAACAGUGGCAGUGAUAUACCUUCAAAAAGAGAAAAAUGCUAAGAGGAUUUAUGCCAUAUUACCGUAUAUUAAACUAAAUAACGAUGGUUACAAAGAAGAAGGAAUAACAUAUCCUUCAUCAAAAAUGCAAUAUAACUUACUAAAGGAAUUUUACGAAGAGUACAAAAUACCAACAUCUUGUUUAGAUUAUGUCGAAACACAUGGUACCGCUACCAUAGCUGGCGAUCCUCAAGAAAUUAAUGCUGUCUAUAAUGUUUUGUGUAAAAAUAGAGAAACUCCAUUAAUGAUCGGCUCCGUGAAAUCUAAUCUCGGGCAUUCUGAGCCUGCGAGUGGUUUUAAUCAGAUCGCUAAGGUAAUAAUAGCAUUCGAAACCGGCUUUGUACCACCAAAUAUCAAUUAUACAUCGCCAAGGAAAGAUAUAGAUGCCUUAUUAAAUGGAAGCAUUUGUGUCAUCCAAGAACGAAUGCCAAUCAAAAACGGUUAUGUAGGAAUCAGUUGUUACGGUUUUGGAGGAUCGAACGCUCAUAUGUUAUUAAAGUGGAAUCCCAAGCAGAAAAUUAAUAAUGGAGCACCAAAUGAUGGCUUACCUAGACUUGUCAUAUUAUCUGGACGUACUGAAGAAUCAGUGAAGUUGUUUUUAAAUGAUAUUGCAAACCAUCCAAUAGAUGUAGAGUAUGUUCGUUUAUUACAUGAUAUCCAUGCAGAUAAUAUAAACGGUCAUCCAUGGAGAGGAUACACUAUACUGCAGAAUACCUUGCAACAAGAUCCCGUAAAGGAAAUUCGAAAUUGUGAGAGCGUGAAAAAACCUGUGUGGUUUAUAUUUUCAGCCUUAGGUUCGCAAUGGUCAGGAAUGGGUCGAAACUUAUUAAAGUUUCAUGUUUUUGCAAAAGCGAUAAGAAAAUGCGAUGAUAUUUUAAAGCCGUAUGGUAUAAGUGUCAUAAACAUUAUGACACAAAUAGAAGAAAGCAGGUUGAACGUUCUUCUUGGAAUCGUCGCCAUUCAGAUUGGCUUAGUAGAUCUCCUAACAUCCUUAGGAAUUACUCCCGAUUACAUGAUUAGUCAUUCUGCCGGUGAACUUGGUUGUGCAUACGCAGAUAAGUGUCUCACAAUUGAACAAACUAUUUUAUCAGCAUACUUUAUCGGUUUGGCAUGUGCCGAAGGAAAAAUAAUUCAUAGCUCGAUGGCGGUUGUCAAUAUCAAUUACGAGUAUCUUAAAAAUAUAUGUCCAGCGGAUAUUGAAAUAGUAUGCUACAAUAGCGAAAAUAGUAACGUAGUAUGUGGACCAAAAGAAUCAAUACAAGAAUUCAUAAAAAAAUUACAGGUCAACAAUAUUUACGUGAAGAAGAUCAACUGCAAUAUACCGUUUCAUAGUUCUUACAUCGCAUCCGCGGAAAGUCAGCUUCUGCUUAGUUUGAAUGAAAUAAUACCAUGUCCAAAAAAACGGAGUUCAAAGUGGAUCAGCACAUCUAUACCUCGCACCAAAUGGUUUACUUCAGCUUCAAAGUUAUCAUCAGCGGACUAUCACACACAAAGUAUAUUAAACACAGUCUUUUUCCGACAAACAACGGAACUAAUUCCGAGUAAUGCUGUGGUCAUCGAAAUCGCACCAGACGAUGUUAUGCAAUACGUUUUGACAGGCUGUUUACAUCCAAACGUUACAAACAUUGUAUUAACACGACGAACCGAAAAAAAUAUUGAUAUAGUUCUACAAGGAGUUGGGAAGCUCUAUAAUUACGGUUUACAGCCACAAGUUGCCAAUUUAUAUCCACCAGUCGAAUUUCCAGUUAGCCGAGGAACUCCUAUGAUUUCUCCAUCAAUCAGAUGGGACCAUUCUGAAAAUUGGUUUACAACGAAAGAAGAAUACGAGUUUAUAAAAUCAAGAGGGAGAUACGUCAACAUUUUACUCGACGACGAGGACUAUGAAUAUAUGAGAGGUCAUGUAAUUGAUGGGAGAAAUUUGCUACCCGCAACAGGUUAUUUGGGACUCAUUUGGAGAACUAUUGGCAUGAUGAAAGGUGUACUGCACACAACGGUACCGAUAGUUUUCCGAGAUGUAAAAUUUAUUCGGGCUACUAAUUUGUUGAAAAAUAAUGCUGUGAAACUAUAUAUUGCAAUACAGACAGAUGGAAAGUUCGAAAUAACCGAAGGAGAUAGCGUUGUUGUCACAGGUACAGUGUACGAGGCAUUAAAUCCAGAAGAAGAAAUGAUUCCGAUAAACAUAUUAUCGGAAAAUUAUGAUGAAGAUGAAGAUAUGACUGCACGAGAUAUCUACAAAGAGUUGAAAUUGCGUGGAUACCAGUACAGGGGCUUAUUUCGUGGAUUAAAAAGUGCCUCUAUUUCGGGAACCCAAGGACAUAUCGCUUGGAAAAAUAAUUGGGAAACAUUUAUGGAUAGUAUGUUACAAAUGCAAAUUAUCGGAUAUGAUACUAGGGAAUUGUGUGUUCCUACGGGUAUUAAAAAAUUAGUGAUCAAUCCAGUGCUUCAUGCUUCGAAACUACGGGAUAACAUAGAUAAUGCAGAAGUUACAACAGACAUGGAUAAACUAUUACAGGUAAGAAUAUAUAAAGAGAUAGACACGAUAAAAGCUGGAGGAGUAGAGAUUCAAGGUCUGAUGGCUACUCAGAUCUCUCGCCGGAAAUUAGCCCAAGAUGCUGUUAUCGAGGAGCAUAUGUUUGUAGCUCAUUGUGAUCGUGCUAAGAUUUCAUUGAAUGAAGCAAUUCGAAUAUCGGCCCAACUCGUACUGGAAGAUCAUCAAAUUAUCAAAGUGCAAGCCACUGAGCUAGUGGAAGACGUCGAUGAUACUGAAUUAGAAAAUCUUUCGUCUUCGUUGCUGCUUGAGGCAUUUGGUGACAUGCCAUUGAUACAAGUGAAUAUCACUCUAUUAACAUCAUCAAAUCGUUUCAGGCCAGAAGUUCGUGGUGACUUAAGUACAUUUUGUUGGAUAGAGAAUAAUAUAUCAGACGUGUGUUGUCGUGAGGAUUUGGUGCAUGUUGUUUACUCAUCUCUGAAUUUUAAAGAUAUAAUGCUUGCUACCGGUAAAUUAGCACUUCAUGAGGCGAUUUUCCAAGGACGGUUAUUUCAGUAUCUACCUCUUGGAAUGGAAUACGUGGGUUUCGAUGCUAACGGACAACGUAUAAUGGGAAUUCGUGACACUGAUUGUAUAGCAAACGUCAUUGAAAAAGAUGAUGAUUUUUGUUGGAACAUACCCGAUGCGUGGACAUUUGAAGAAGCAGCAACGGUCCCGUGCGUUUACAGCACGGUUUAUUUAGCCUUAUACAUUUAUGGAAAAAUGAAAAAAGGUGAUAAAAUACUUAUACAUUCUGGUACUGGAGGCGUUGGACAAGCAGCUAUUCAUCUCGCUCUUAAAGAGGGAUGCGAGGUGUUUACUACCGUUGGCACAAGUAACAAACGGAACUUCAUUAAAAAAAUGUUUCCGAUUAUUCCGGAUGAACAUAUUGGAAAUUCUCGAGACACAAGUUUUGAACAAAUGAUUAUAUACCAAACGAAAGGUCGCGGCGUCGACAUUGUACUAAAUUCAUUGGCGGAAGAAAAGUUAAUCGCCUCUGUUCGGUGUUUAGCUCAAAACGGUCGAUUCUUAGAGAUUGGCAAAUUCGACCUUGUUUCUAAUAAUCCUCUAGGUAUGUCUGCGUUUCAGAAAGGUAUCAGUUUUCACGGGGUUAGACUGGAAAAUAUGAUGAUAAAAAAUAGGAUAUGCAAGUGGAAGCGUUUAUUGUUCACAUUGAUAAAAGAUGGUCUACAUGAUGGAACAAUUAAACCAGUCCAAGCAAAAAUUUUUCUAAAAACCGAUGUUGAAGAAGCUUUUAGGUAUAUGGCGAGCGGAAAACAUACAGGAAAGAUAAUUAUAAAUAUCCAUGAAAAGGAUGAACCUUUAAAUAAGCACAUUUUCGCGUAUCGUCGCUAUUAUUGCCUCAGAGAUAGAAGUUACAUUAUACUAGGAGGUCUGGGCGGAUUUGGUUUAGAAUUAACCGACUGGCUUAUAUUUCGUGGCGCUAAGAACAUCGUUCUGAUUUCCCGAAAUGGAAUAAAAAACGGUUACCAACGCAUGAAAAUUCGACUAUGGAAAUCGUAUGGUGUUAACGUUCUGAUCAUCAAGAAUAUCGAUGUUGCUGACCUCAAAGAUUGCGAAUAUCUCUUACAGACUACGGAAAAGGAAGCUUCAGUGGAUGCGAUAUUCAACCUCGGUGUGGUACUGAAGGAUGGUGUCCUCAAAAACCAAACCGCGGAAACAUUUGCAGAGGCCUUCCAAUCGAAGGCUCGUGCAACGCAAAUGCUGGACAAACUUUCUAGGAAAAUCUGUCUUAACCUGCGGCAUUUUGUGGUGUUCUCUUCCGUUUCCUGCGGCAGAGGAAACGCUGGUCAGACAAAUUACGGCAUGGCCAACUCCAUUAUGGAAAGAAUUUGUGAGAAAAGGGCGGAGGAAGGAUUACCAGGAUUGGCGAUUCAGUGGGGAGCUGUGGGUGAUGUAGGUCUCGUUGCUGACAUGAUGGAGGAUGAUAAGGAACUAAUUAUCGGAGGCACUUUACAGCAAAAAAUAUCUUGCUGUCUCGACGAGCUCGAUAAGCUUCUACUUCAAAGUCGGCCCAUUGUGAGCAGUAUGGUCGUAGCUGAAAAAAAAGUGAGAUGUGACGGAAGUCUGAUAGAAACAAUUGCUAAUAUUUUAAACAUUAAUGACAUGAAGAUUAUAAGUCCAAAUUCUACUCUGGCCGAACUCGGAAUGGAUUCUAUGAUGACCGUAGAGGUCAAGCAUUCUCUGGAACGAGAAUUUGAUAUAUUUAUCACAGCACAAGAGAUACGAAAUCUCACUUUCGCAAAACUCAAUAAGAUGUCUAUUGCAAGCAGUGACGAUGAUGUGAAUGAUGAAAAGAAAUUCGACACAGAGAAGUCAAACUUUAUAAAAAUUUUAAUUGGUAUUACAUUAAAAGAUGAAGACUUUGUUCCCUCAACAGAUUUUUCGACUAACAGACAGAACACUACGACUGAAGUAUUUCUUAUACCGGGUAUUGACGGAUGUGGUACUGUAUUCAAAACCAUAAUACCAUAUAUUAAAUUUUCAACAUCGCUGUUGCAUUAUAAUACAAACAACAUUGAUUCUACAAACGUGAUAUUGGAAAGGAUAAAUAAUCUCACAAACCGUAUACUUUCAAUGCUGACAGAUGGAAAAGAUUUUGUAAUAGUAGGGUACUCCUUCGGAUCUCUUAUCGCAAUUGAAGUAGCAAGAAGAUUGGAAGCUAUGAAUUUUAAAGGUCGUCUUGUUCUUAUUGAUGGAGCUCCUGAGCCUUUUCAAACAGUAAUCAAAUCUUUUGAAUCAGAUUUUGAUGAUGCAAAUUUUCACAUUGAUAUCUUAACUAAUAUUAUGGAAAUUUAUUCAACAGGAAGUUCUGAAGAGAUUUUAAUGGAAUUAAAGAAAUGUGAGAGCUGGGAUGAAAGAAUAAAUAUUUUCGCUAAACAGUUGUCGGUUUUAUACACGUAUCUCUCACUUACAAAUUUAAAGACGUUGUGUACAACGAUUUACAAACAUUUAUUCGCUCUCCGAGAAUAUGAUUCUUCUACUUUGCCGCCUAUUACGUCUCCAAUAACAUUGCUAAAAUGUAUAUCUCUGUUCAAUAUAUCAACUAUCGAAGAGGAUUAUGGUUUGCAUAAAGUAACUCAAGGUGUGGUAAAAGUACAUUAUAUUGAAGGUGAUCAUGUGACAAUCUUGAAGAAUAAAAAAGUGGCGGCUGCAAUUAAUGGAGAACUACCAUUUGCAGUUUGAAGGGGAUCUUAAAACAAACGCCGAACUAUUAGUCAACUGAUAAUAAUAUACAGGGUGAGUCACUUAAAACCGGCCACCCGACGCCGAACUCCGACGGGAAAACGCCCUCUAAUAAAUGAAACUAAUAUAUGUAUAAUAAAUGUAUAUGGGCAUUUCACGCCAAAUCGGACGGUCUUCGUCAUUUUUAUUCCGUUUCUUAGAUUAUCACUCUAGCUCAGACUCAAACUGCAUACAAUAUAAAACUGCGUUUAGAAAUUUUACCCGGAUGCAUCCAGAGAUUAUUUUAAUCUUAUUAACGUUCAGUGAACAACGAAGAUAAAAUAAUAAACCCUGAAUUACUGAAUCCAUUCUAGAGUCACUUUUCGCUACGUCCAAUACUCACAUCAGAAUGUAAAACAUGUAUUGGCAAUACAUAUAACCUUUUUAAGGUUGCAUAUUCUUUCAUUGCAUUGCAUAUCCUUCCAGUAUAUAUCCCGUACGUAGCACGUAAUAUCACAAUAGUACCGCAGCAAUAUUGCAAUAUAUUAGAAAUAUUACAUAUUACAGUGUAAUAUGUAAUAUUUCUAAUAUAUUGCAAUAUUGCUGCGGUACUAUUGUGAUAUUACGUGCUACGUACGGGAUAUAUACUGGAAGGAUAUGCAAUGCAAUGAAAGAAUAUGCAACCUUAAAAAGGUUAUAUGUAUUGCCAAUACAUGUUUUACAUUCUGAUGUGAGUAUUGGACGUAGCGAAAAGUGACUCUAGAAUGGAUUCAGUAAUUCAGGGUUUAUUAUUUUAUCUUCGUUGUUCACUGAACGUUAAUAAGGUUAAAAUAAUCUUUGGAUGUAUCCGGAUAGUUUCUGAACGCAGUUUUAUAUUGUAUACAGUUUGAGUCUGAGCUAGAGUGAUAAUGUAAGAAACGGAAUAAAAAUGACGAAGAAUGUCCGAUUUGGCGUGGAAUGCCCAUAUAUAUUUAUUAUACAUAUAUUAGUUCCGUUUAUUAGAGGGCGUUUUCCCGUCGGAGUUCGGCGUCGGGUGGCCGGUUUUAAGUGACUUAUCUUGUAUAUUACUAUUAGUUGACUAUCAGUAUUGAAAAUUUGUAGUUCCCGUGACACAUAUAUACUACAGAUUUUCAGCACUGAUAGUAAUAUACAAACUGGCAAUAAUAUGAAACAUGGCUUGAAUGGUGGCGGUUUAUUAUUCUAUCAUAAAUGUAUAUUUAUAUUGCUGGUUAUAAAUA